CGUUUUGUAUAUGCAUUGAUCCAAAUAUAUAGUUUUUUCAUUAUAAUGCAAAUAAGCCGUGCAACUUGUGGCUGAAACCGAAGAGCUUUUGCAUUGCAUCCUACAAUAACAGUGGUUCCAGACUUUGUGCACUGAAACCCAAUGCAUACUUCUUUACUUUUAAAGUCGUGCUCAUGAACACGAACAGUGACUGUGGUUAAAACUGAGAACUGCAUUCCUAAAUAACUGGGCCGAGUGAGCAGCAGCAGUCGGUGCUCUGUAACUCUGAUUUAUUUGCCUCCUGCCUGCUGCAGCAAGCAUACGGUGAGCAUGCCAUAAACACACAGUGGGAUAAUGCGAAAAUGCACGUCUUUGCUAAAACGAUGUCCAUUGUGUUCCUUUGCCUCUGCCUUCCUCCUCCACUCCGGCGUAAACAAGUUGGAUUUGUAGGGCGUGUGUCUUGGAAAACAGAUAUUAGCCAAUGAGCGCUGGGCUCCUCACCACAUGGUCGGGCUGUUUACUACAGGAGCUGGAGGGGGGCAGAUUCAAAUGCCGGUGCGGAUUUCACCUACAUACAGUACAAUUCGACGACAAAGACGCAAACGCUGCGCUUUUAUCAGCCUCAGUAUAUCACAUAAACAACUUCGAACCUCAAACUAGCGGUAUCGAGCAAUAUACACGGCAACAAACGUCGCCGUGUUUGCGUGGAAGAUCUAGGAAGCCCGUCCCGCUGCGAGAAAUCCAGGCCGCGUUUUUGAGCAUGCGCAAAGCUCCACUUGGUGGGCUUUGAAAAGAGCCUUUUCAAGUUACAGCCGGUCAGAGCAAGCUGAGAGCAAAAGGGGGUGUGUUGGAUGACUGCAAAGGUAGCUUUCCACUCCGUCCUUUGAUUAGUGGAGCUAAUCUCCCGCAGGAGUGAAUAUACAACGUGUUGGUAACCACAAUGCUACCUAAGAGCAGGUUAGGGAAGCGCUCUCCUUUGGGAGCUUUGGUCUGCAGCUCUUCUGCAGACGGUCUGGUGGAUGUGGGAGCAAAUGGAGACCAUGAUGGGGGUCCAGUGAUCUCUGGGUUUGGAGCAGGGGUGCACGGCCUUCAGAGGGUCAAACUGUAUCCAGGACAGAGGGUGUUUGUGCAUUGUGGUGGUCAAGAGUGCGGAGGUGUUGUGGAGCAGCAUAACCACGUGGACAACGAGGUAUCUAUCUUUGUACCACAGCUCAAUCAGCACGUCCACCGGAAACUGGAGGACGUGUGGAUGACUCCCACAGCCAGCCCCCCUCACUCUGUCUCUUCUUCAAUUGAUGUGCCAAAGAGGAACCAUCAAACUGUGGACAUGGAUGAAAUCAUGGCUGCUAUGGUCCUCACCAGCCUUUCCUGCAGCCCAAUGAUCCAAAGCCCCAUUCAGGGGGAAUUAGGACCAGCCUCAGGUGGGACAGAUUGUGGAAGCAGUGAAGUGUCUGACGGUGGUUACUGGAGCGCUGACCAUGGAAACAAUAGCCCCGCCCCAUCUCCACCUAUGGCAGAGUCGGAUAAGGCCCAGGGCCCUCCAGUAGAUGAGGGACUGGACAUGGAGAUGGAAAACGUGCUGUUUGAUGAACCAGCACCAAGGAAACGCAAGAACUCAGUGAAGGUGGCAUACAGGUGCCUGUGGCCAAACUGCGGCAAAAUACUGACUUCCAUUGUGGGCAUCAAACGGCAUGUUCGCACGCUUCAUCUGAGCAGGCAAAAUGGCGAACAGGAGCACUCGCAGAGGGAAGAAGACUUUUACUACACCGAGAUCUACCAGGACGUGGAGCAGAGCGCAGUUCCAGCUGCCUGUGGUGCACCGCGCUCUCUCUGCGGUUCUCCUUCCAGCCCCACCCAGCUGAGAUCUUCUCCUCCUACACCAGACACUCUCCAGCCCAGCCCGCUCAGCCAGUCUGCGCCUGGCAGCUUCUGGCAGGUCCACUCUGAACACUCAUACCAGGCUCCUCCGCCAGUCCGGGUAACUCAGUGCAAACCCGUGCCUGUGCCUGCCACCUCUCGCUGGACUCCUCCCCUCACUGGGCACCAGAGCAAACAGGGAACAUCAUUCCGGCGUCGCUCCGUCAGCGUAGGAGAGCAGUGGCUCCAGAACCACAGUGCCCCCUCCAGGCCGCACCCUGCCAGUCUGUCACCGCCCAGAAGCCACUGCGUCACGCGAAGGAUUCGAGGGGAAGCUAAGAAGUGUCGGAAGGUGUACGGCAUCGAGCACCGGGACCAGUGGUGCACAGCCUGCCGCUGGAAAAAAGCCUGCCAGAGGUUUUUGGACUGAAGCUGUGCUGAGCUGGAGGCGGCACACCGGCCUAAAGUGAGACCGUUCCCACAGCAGAGACUGGCAUGUUUGAACAGUGGAACUAUUGCUGGAGGCCAACCAGAUAAGCACCUUUUAUAAUUUUUUACUUUUUGUAAGAACUUUUACGGCAAGGUGCUUCGCGUUCUCUCAGUGUGUGAAGAAAUUUCAUCGGUGCUGGCAGAGUUACAGUGCGGAGAGAGCUUGUUCUGCCCCUACAUCUCCCUCGGUCUUCCUGGGUCAUUCAUCAAUAUGAAGUGUGACCUUUUAUUUUCGUUUUAUUUUAUUUUGUUGUUUUUUUCCAGCUGGUGCUGAUUUUCAAGAAAAAAUAGCCAUAUUUUUUGUAAAGUUUAUUCCAGACACUCCAGAUGAUUGGCCCAAAAACCUCCUGACGUUUACCAUCCACGGAGGAGAAAUGAGUGACUGUCAUUCCAGAAAACUUGAUUUGUUUGUUGCUCUGAGAUUAGAGAGAGGUGUGCUUUAUAGAAACUUUCUUUUCAGGGGAGACAAACGGCAGCUUAACGAUGAAAGUUAUUAUGUAAAUGCUUUAAAAGCAUACAGUCCUUUAUGUUUAUGUAUGCCAUGUAUACCGGCAAACAUGCUGUUAUGUAGGUUUUAUGUCAUGAAUACUUUGAAAAAGAGCAAAAAAGAUUUUUUUGGAUUACAGUUUUCAAAGCUAUGACUACAUAAAGUGCGCAUCAUGUCUCAACCAAUGUAUUUCUAUAUUGUGUCUUAUUUUUGUGUUCCUUUUCCUUUUUUCUGUUCUUUUUUUGUGAAAACAACAUGUCUAACACAAGAUAUCAUUCAGACAUUCAUGCAAUCAUUUGAAAUUCAAUUUGAAAAGAAGAUUCACAGGUUUCAUCAGCCAUAUUGCAGCCCAACUAAAAGCCAUGAUCGUUUGUGCAUAACUGAAAGUUAUACAUAUUGAUUAUUUUAUGCUUAUGCUUCUUUUCAAAUUGAAUGCUUGUUUUCCUUCAUGUUUUAAACGGUGUCUCUGAGCACUCGCUUAUUAUCAGUAUAUUAUACCACUCUUCUUGUUAGAGGUGCCUCCUUAAAUGGACCUUUGCUAUCAUAGGUUUAUAUAUCUAUCCUAGCAGCUCAUCAUAGGAUCUCAUCAGAGACAUUUCUUUUAACCAGACCAUGGAAUAAAAGUACCACAGCAAAAUAAUGCAUCCAUAAUUAAUUGAUUAGCUGAGCCUCUUAAUGUCGGGUCCAAAUAUUUGAUGUAUCUUUGUAAGCUUUUCCAUCGUCAUGUAGCUGUAAUGUGUCGAUUUGUUUCUAGUAAGCCAUUAGAGUUCAGGGGCGUAUUUGGCUUGUAUAAUUCCGAAAGCGCCGGACAUGACGGAGCCCCAAAGCACUGACGUUACGGAACUCACUGUGUAUGACACCGAUGAUCUGUCAAUGGAGAAAUAUUUGAGGACAUUCAGCAAUUAAUCAAAGAAACUGGCUCAUGGAAGGUGAAAGGCAUUCGUAUGAGGUGAUGAACUGUUCUCUUGUACAUUUACUUGUACAGUAUUUUCAGCUGCAUGAAUUUACUCUGGAAUUUAAGACUGAUUCAUUGCAUUUUUUUUUCUCCUAAACCUGUUUUGCAUACAGUUUGAAAUAUGAAUGUCAUUUUGAUGUUUUAAUACACUUUCUAUGUAAGUCGAAACA